UAGAGUGAGGGCUACCUUGUACAACCCCUCGCGAGAUAUGGUUUUGUGGUGGGGCGAGGCUAUCAACCUACGACCGCGGCUUUGCCGCCCACCCUUGCCCCAGGGACUGAUGCGCAACGCGUUGGGCUGCGCUACUUCAGAUACGAGCCCUGUCACUCCAUUGACGGUCGCCGAAGUGGUGGACGAGGCGCCGCUGAGCAAGCUAACGUCCUAUAUCCGCGCGCUGACAAACAGCUGCGACAACGAGCAUAUCGACGAACUGCUGCAUAAGGUGGCGCCUGUUAGGGACAAGAGCACCAUCAGCCUGCGACUAGACUCGUACCCGCCCAUGAGCAUGUUUGUAACUAACCACAGGCCUGCCGACGUUAGUAGCUUUGACUUUGGGUUCGGGAAGCCGAUUAAUUAUCGGCAUCUGUUCGGCGGCUUUUCGACGGAGGGCGCUGUGACUAUGCAUCCGCCUGUCAGGUCCGCUGACCCCGACGAAGGCUUAGAGAUGUACAUUGCGGAACGAAACUGCAGGCAAGUUCCAAAGACGAAAUAUCACGAGCUGGGUCGUCAACUGCCUACAUAUGAGCCGGAAGAGAUCAACCUGGCGCCAUCGCCCACGAAAUUUCAUGAGUUCGCACAGCCGAAUGGAGUACCCACAUGUUUGGAAGACUACCUGCGCUCGGACCUGCCCCAGCUGUGGCUUCACAUUGUGUCUUUUGAAGACGCCACGCUGACAUGCUUGACCUGGCCGCACGCAACUAUGGAUGGUGCCGGGCUCAGUGAACUCUUGACGGCAUGGGCUUACACGCUUGCGGGCCUUUCGAAUCAAGUACCGCCCUGCCUGUCUUUGAGGUACGACCUCCUGAACGACCUCAUUUCAGAUGCUCCCGACAGGGUGCCGAUUAAAGAGGAAAUAUUUUUCGACUCGAGUAAAAUAGUAAAGUUCGCACUAAUGCGUAUCAUGUGGCUGGUGAUGCUCAUUAUUCGCGCGCUGUUCGCCGAAAAGCAGGAGUUGCGCAAUAUAUGGGUGCCGAAGCGCGUGAUAGACAAGAUUCGGCAGGGGUCAUUGUCAGCUUUGGAGGCGGCAGACGAGCAGGGCAACGCCGGGUCAGGCGGACCUGUAAAGAACGGCAAGAAAUACGCACAUGACGCAUUCAUCCCCGGCGAUCUCGUUCCCGACCGCGAAUCGGGGCGGCCGUUUGUUAGCGAGAGUGAUGCCAUGAUUGCAUUUUUCACCAGAGCGGCGGCAAGAGCUUUGCCUCCCAAGUCUCGCCGCACUGUCAAUAUAUCCAUCAUUCUCAACAUCCGCGACCGCCUUCCGUCGUUGACAGCUCGACUGCCCAAGCCCGGUGUGUUCAUUUCCAACCUCACCAUGUCUGUACAAGCUUUGCUUCCCGCCCAAGCCGUGAUUCCCAAGGACCAAGGGGACCACACCGCGCGGGCGAAGUUUUCGUCCCUAGGCCUGACGGCGGCAUCGGUCCGGUCGAGCCUCCACGCCGGCUUGACAGAGCCUCAGCUUCGCGCUCUUGCCAAGGUGCAGCUGAAAGCAUACGCCUCCCGCCUCGUUGGGCUCCCCAUCAUCGGAGGCAUCGACUGCUUCCAGGUCACUUUUAGCAGUCUCAAAGUAGGACCAUUGUUCGAAAUGAACAUAUUCGCGCCAGCGGUUGUUGAAAAAGUUGAAAGGAAUGAACCAGCCGACAAAGGCAAAGUUGCGGAGGCGGUGCCCAGGGUAACGUCUCCAGCUACAAGCAAGACGAGCGGCAGCGUUAAUCAGAAAACCACAGCCAUGGCGCCUGUUGCUGCGGGUCAGGAAAAAAGGGCUAAUGCAUCUAUGGAGCCGCGCAAAGGUUGCACUCCGGUUGGAAUUUUGGUCAUUCCCAAGCACUCCUCUUUCAUGCUUGCCAAAAUGCAGCUAUUUAUUUUCGCGAGGGGGGAAAAUGGCGCCUGGGUUCAGGGUACACUGCAUCCUGAGCAUUGGAAGAUUGUAGAAAGGGAGCUGCGGGAAAUAGAUAGGCGGGGGUGA